UUUUGGAUACACAUGUCAUGGUGAUGCUCCAGGUGUUAUGUUAUUAUUACAACUUUCCACGAGGAAUUUUUGACAUUUAAAAGGUUUCAGGUAAUGAUGGACAAUCAGAGAGAUGACUCCAGCUCAGCCCACUGACUUCAAUGCCUUGUGUUGCUGUGAGUAUGAGAAUGCUGGUGGUGAGAAGAGUCACAUCUUGGCGUGCUGCUGUGACUGUCAAGCAGUGGAUGAAGCGGCAGAUAGAUGCAUAACGUGUCGACCAGUAUCCAACUCCACAAUGCAACAGAUCGUCUCAACACUCGUUGACCGCUGUCGAUUUCCAUGGUGCUCUGGAAAGGGUGCAGUAAAGAUCCGAAUGGACACCAUCACUCCGAUAGUCAUGGUGCCCGUGUGUCUUCUCAUCGGGACAAUCAGCUUCGUCGCCACGGUCGCAAUGCUCAUGUUCAUGCCGAUGUUUAUGCUGACGUUUUACGUGGUGUGGAAACGGACGGGGAAUCAUCAAACGCAGUUCUUCUUUCUCUGGGGUUGUACAUCUGUUGUGUUCUGUUUCCUCAUCUUCAUCGUCUGUGUGAUUCCGUUCCGGGAGAUCCUGCUGUGGGAGAUCCUUCUCCUGUCAACGUCGGUUUUGUUGAUGUUUUAUUACCUGAGCAAAGUCCGACGCAAUCCUGGACGCCUUAAAAUUCAGGUCCUGAGACAGAGGGAGGUGAAGACAAGGUAUCUCCCCAAUGGGGACGGUAGACGGGAAAAUGGGGAUGUUGGAAUAAAAAUGAAUGGUACCGGACAAAAUAUGUACAAUGAGAUUCCAAAUCCGAUGUCGACUGUAAUGGAGGACACUGGCCUCUCGGCUCAACAAGUCACAUGGGUUGACUCUCGGCCAAUCAAAGAGGGGCACCUGCAGAUGCAGUGCAAUGACUGCAGCACCCGUCGACCUCCACGCUCGGGCCACUGCACUGUGUGCAAAUCCUGCAUCUCUGUCCGAGAUCACCACUGUGUCUGGGUUGAUAACUGCAUUGGGGCCAACAACCAUCGUUCCUUUUUGGCGGCCAUGUUAUUGUUCAUAUUCUGUGGUUGCUAUGGUUCCCACUUGACCCUGACAACAGUGUGCACCCCGGAGAUGUACCUGGACUGGUUCCUGCUCCCCAGUGACUGCAGGUUCCUCUACGGAGAGUUCCAGACAGCGCUGUGCUUCGUGAGCGUGUGCUACACAAUCCUGAGCACGACCAUCAUGGCUGUGGGCUUGUUCCAUCAGGUCAUCCUCAUCAGUCAGAACUUGACCUCGCAGGAGCUUCACCAGGCCGCCACCAGGGGGAUGACCCGGAUGGGUCUGUUUGCCGUCAACAACGUCAACAAUCACGGCUUCAUACGCAACUGGGUGGAGUUUCUCCUGUCACACGGCCGGAAAGCCUCGCCCACCAUCCCAUCAUAACAUCUCGCCAUGGGAUGACAAGUCACACACGGAGAUCUUUGAAAGCAUAUUUAUUAUUAUUUUAUUCAGGUCAGUUUUGCAUAAGAGGUUUAAAUUUUCAGAGAUAGCAUUUUAUUGUACAGUGAUUGUAGUUUUAUAUACCGGUAACAAAUACUGCUCAAGACUGUUUCACAGGUGUUAUUUUGUUCUGGGGAAGUACAAAAUGAAUUCGUUAGAAUAUUUGGUAUUUGUACGAUGCUAUGGUGUAUAUUUAUGCUUGUUGAUGUGAAUAUUAAGGAGAGGGAGAUGAAAUGUAUGAUAUUUUUUAUGGCAUGUUAUAUCAGAGGGCUUUCCCUCCAAGUCAAUAUCUAUAUAUAUGUGAUUUGAAUCAUGUGUGCAUGUUAUGAUCAGAAUAACUCAUUGAUUCUGUUAAAGAAGUCUGUGCCAUUGUCAAUACUUCCUGGGUUUGUACACACUAUUUUCUCCAUCACCAAAUUUAUGUGGCUGCUGUACGAGGUCCCCCGUAGGAAUUCUGGGUUAGAAUAGGUCCCCAGCAACCUGUGCCGGUCGAACCGUGGAUGAGGGGGUCAGGCUCAGUGACUUGGUUUAUUGGGAUUCUUUGUACCCCAACAGCGUGUGUCAUUGCUCACAAUAUCAGUGACAGGAUUGUCUGGUUCAGAGUCGAGAAACUGCUGUCAUAUAGCUGUAAUAUUGCUGAAUGUGGCGUUAAACAUCACACAUGCACACACACGGACACA